CAUAGUUAUGCAUAUCCGUUAUACGAAUUAACGCGACAUACGUACAACUCUAUGCUAAUAGUUCGGAUUAUUAAUAAGAUUUAUAAUUGCUGGAAUUAAAGACGUUCGAUGGUAUUGGAGGCCUCUGCCCGGUAAUAUGGUCAUGGUCAUCCAGGCGAAUCACCCCAGGGCCUUAUUCUGUACCUGACUUAGCUUGACUCACACAGCUUCAGUGGUUCUCUAUUAAUGAGCAUACGUUUGAAGGAUAAAAAUUAUCAAGAUUUCUAUAUGCUAAAUGCCUUUUAAAUGAUACGCAAGUAAAUUUACAAAUUAACAGUUUUAUCAUAUAUAAGUACAACGAUUAACAAUUACGUAUUAGCCAUGUAAGAAGAAGAAGAAGAAGAAGAAGAAGAAGAAAAAAAGAAAAGGAAAUGAAAACAAGAAGCAAAAGAAAAGAAAAAGAAUAAGAAGAUUUAAAAACAUUACUGUCAAUGAAGUAUAAUCUGAAUAAGUAUUAAUAAAUGUGAACGUUAAAACACAUUUUAACAAUCAAAAUAAAUUUGUGUAUGAUAUGAGCCAUAUUUGAUAAGUUUUAUAAUAAAAUUGAUUCGGUCAUUUAGCAGGCUGCCCUGACCUAGUUCCGAUCGUAACUCCUAUCUCCGGCAAAGAGAAUAAGAGAUGGUGUCCUGAAGUAGUGAAAAUUGCCGCAGGGAAUUGCCGCCCUCCGAGAGCCACAUGCGUAUUAACAAUAAAAGAGAAAGAGAGAGAGAGAGAGAGAGUGCGUAACGCAAAAUUACGUUGUCUUGACUAGCGUUUAUCAACUUUUGCACUAUAUCUAUAAAGUUUGAGCAUCUUGGAUGAUUACAAAAAAAAUAAAAAAAAAAAAAAAAAAUAGAGAAGCAAAUUUGAAAAUUAAUCAAACGUUCGCAUAUUUCUAUAAAUAAAUAAUCGCACGAAAGAAAAGUUUAAAUAUUAAUAUUGUUAAUAAAUAUUAAAUAUUAAUCAUGGUAUAUCACGCGUUGCAUCCAACGUAUGAAUUAUUAAUAAUUAAUAUUUAAUGAAGAAUAUAAGAAAGUAUUAUUUUGUAAUCAGUAUGUAGAAUUAAUAAGGAUCAAGAUCGUACGUUCAUGAUUUAAAUAAUUUCAAUAGAGAUGGUCAAUGACUCUGAUCACUGAACAGCAAGACUGCAUCUAUUUCUACCUGAUCUAUCGCGAUGGCGGAUAUUGUAUUAUGUUACGACGAGACAGAGGAGGUUGCGUAGCCAAUGAUGCGAGAUGGUGAAGUGCGAGGUCAUCUCCACGGACUCUCCUUCAACGAUUCAACUCGUGCACUUGUCUGCUAUAAAUGCAGACCUUGUUGAAUAAAAAGGACUGAGAAAAGAUACGCAAGGACAUACGUACGAGAGAGAAAAUUAAUUCUACACGUAAAUGGUCCUUAUAAAGGAUAAUUUCGACAGAAAUACGUACGAGGACAAAACGAUAUAGAUCUGAAAUAAUAUUAUCGAAAUAACGAAUAACUUUCAAACGAAAUAAAGAAUUCACAUUUUAGUGCUUCGAUCCUUCGGAAUAACUCUUACGUAAUAUACGAAGCCGUACAUAACAGGGAGAACACAAUAUCGAUGAGUCAAAUGCUUUUACGUAAAUGUUAAAGCCAAUUUUUGUAGGAUACUGCUCUUAUUUCACGAGUAUUCUUUUUACUUAUUAAAAUAAUUUCAACGUAACAGGUCAUAACCUGUGACUCUAUUUAACCUUAUUGCUUUCCAAAGAUAUGACUCAUUAAGUGACAAAGUGAUAACUUAUUGAUCAUAGACAUAAAACAUAAAGAUUAUAAGUACGAAAAGGUAAAAAGAUUUUGUGGGCUUCGUUAUAGAGAUUACGACAUUAAAUAUGGUAUUAUUCAAAUAAUACGAACGUCACAACACAACAACAACAACGACAACAACAACGACAACAGCAACGAGUGAUCACUCAUGCGUUAAUAUAAACAAGUAUCCAAUAAAGAAAAGCCGUCUGAUUUAAUUAUAUAAUAUAUAACAGAAUAAAUUUUAUUAAGGAAUUCAUGUUAUUAUGUUUCGUUGAAUAUAAUAUGUUAUAUUAUAAUCUACAGAAAUUUAUACGUAUCUGGAUGGUAGAAUGGAAAAGAAAAGAAGAAGAGAAGAAAAGAAAACCAUAGAAAGAACCCUUUCGAUAGUGAUACGAUGAAUCUUGUGUAUCUCUGUCCUUUCUUACCGCACGUAUGGGCAUACAUCGUACCGGCCGCACUUGACCUAUAUCUUAUUAUGCUGGUAGUGUCCGAAUGCAAUGCACGAAGUGUUUGUGAAUAAGCCCGGGGGGCCCCUCUUCGAGAUUAUCAAGGACAUAAGAAAAUUAUUGAACUAGAUAUAGAUAAAUCUUGAUCGGUAUGACGUAUCCAGGUGUCUAUCGAGAUCCGGUUGGACGCUUUCGACUGCUACCGAGUCUUCCGUUCUUCGGCGUCAUUUAGGAAGGUCAUGACCUCAGGGUAGCUUUAACAUCGCGUAGACUACGAUUGCCACAUUGUGCGCGUGCGAGCAUGCGCGGGAACAAGCGAAAGUAUUUAAACAAGUGGAGAUGUCUUAUGGAAGGCCACUGUCGCUCGAACUGUCACGGAUCGCGCAACGUUCCCCUUACUUUCCUCCCUCCCUACAGUCUAAAAAGGAGCACACGCAUUCGCCUGCGAACAAGGAGGGGAAGAUUCGUUCCUCGUUCUUUUUCCCUUAAUUUCCACCCAUCCCCCUUCUCAGCUUGUCCUUGUCGGCUCUCAGUGGUCCUCCCUUUAAAGUCGCGCUACUGCUCAUAAGAGAGCACAGAUUCCUUUAAGAAAUCUUGUCGCAUCGACGUUCAUUCCUUUACAUCAUCUCUAUCUUAUCAAGUGGAUCAUCUGUCGAUGAUCGAUAUUAGACGAAUUUCAUUGAUAACGAUCUCCACGAUAGUAUAAGGAAUAAUGUUAAACGUUACGUAGAAGAUAAAGGUUGAACGUCAUUUAAAGAGGAAAAAAAAAGAACAAAAAUCACGUAAAGUUUUACUCGUCUUGAAGGGCUUCGCUCGAUAACUCGAUGAGAAACCAUUGCUCGGCUAAGUCUUACGAUAUACAACAAAAAAAUAUAUAAGCAUUUUCCUAAUUGGAAGGAUGGACGAGCUAGAAGUUCAACAGGAAUCCAGAGAUAUAGUCGGUAACUUGACGUUCUCGCCACCGCCGAUGAAAAAGUCCGAUACGAGGGACAGUAUCUCUUCCGUUGACAGCGAUGUUAGUCUUUCUUUCGAUAGAAGAGGUUCGAAGGAUGAGGAAGCCGAUCAAUCUGACAGCAUGACAUCUGAUAGCGAAGGAAAAUCGACCGAGGCUAUCGUGAAGCAACAAAACGGUGAACAAGAUUCGGGCAUAGAUUCUUUGGACGACGUCGCUCAGAAAGAAUUAGGCAAACAGAAAACCGUAACAUCGAGCAAUAAGGAGUCUACUGUUCAAGAUCAGCUUGACAAUUUUGUCUUACCUAGCGACGAGUUAAGCGAGAAGAUUUGCACUCAGGUAGAAUCUUAUUUCGCUGAUGAAAACAUUGUCAAGGAUGCUUUUCUUCUGAAGCACGUAAAGAGAAAUAAGGAGGGUUACGUCUCGUUGAAACUCGUCUCGAGCUUUAAAAGAGUAAAACAUCUUACUAAGGAUUGGAGGGUUGUUGGUGCUGCUUUGGCAAAGUCCACCAAAUUGCAAGUUAAUCCUCAGGGUACAAAAUUACGUAGGCUAAAUCCUUUACCAGCUUUCGAUCAAACGACACCCUCUAGAACGAUUUUAGCUGCUAGACUUCCCCUUGAAAGACUUUCUGUCGAAUCGGUAGCCGAAAUCUUUAAACCAUGUGGUGAGAUCGCACUCAUCAGAGUACUCAAGCCUGGACAUCCUGCACCUGCCGAGGUCCGACAGGCAAUCUCAAAGAGACAAGAACUGAAGCCAACCGAGGAAUGUGCCAUGAUUGAAUUUACGGAUUCGGCAUCGGCCAGAUUGGCACUAGAAAUGAAUUUAGGAGAUGCGAAAAUAUUCGAAUUACAACAGUCCGACAAGAAAAGAAAACAACAGCUGACGAAGAAGACAAUCGUCACGAAAUUGACUAAAGAAGAUACUUAUAAUUCAUCGAGUUGCGCUAGUGGAUCCGAGGCUGAAGAUGGAAAAGCAAAGUACAAAAGGGCUGUUCAUGGAUAUCCUAUAUAUCACGUUUAUCCUGGCCAUCCUUUCCAGGGUCCACCGUCACCAGAUGCAUGGUUAUCGCGCAGAUUGUCUUCCUGUUCAAUAUCAGGAUCAGAAAACGGCUUUGUUUUUCGCCGUUUAUCUUCUAGUUCUGGUUCAAAUUGUUCAGAUGCUAGCAACUACGGUAGACGAUAUUCUUCCUGCUCAUCAGCCUCCGAGACUGGUUGUUGUCCCAUAAUUUAUCCUCCAGGUUAUUAUUAUCAACAAAACCGACGUUUCUCCUGUUGCUCCGGCGGUUCAGCUUCUAGCAACGAGUGCAACGGUACUUGUUACAAUCCUAGUCGCCGAGGUUCAGUGGACUGUGGCCCAUUUUUCCGUAGACUAUCCACUUGUAGUCGAGAUUCGGGUUUCGAUCCGGGGGUGAGAAGACUAUCUUUAUGUUCUUCGAUUUCAGAGCAAAAUAACUUUUGCCGAUCAAGGAAUAACAAUGGCUUGGCCAUGACACACUUGCCUGAAAAUGUAACGAGGAUGCCUUCUGGUCCUGAUGGAACGCGUGGCUUUGGCCGACCUCCUAGAAUGAAUCCUAUCACACCGACUAUGGAACCAGCAUGUUAAAUGUUUUUACGACGUGCUUUUUACCGCGUUAUAGUGAUCUCCAAUCAUCCUUAAACAGGAUAUUCUACUAGAAAUGAAAAUUAUUAUGCGUUUAGAAAAUCUGACAUUGUUAUAUUUUCCCACUUUUUCUCUUGUACGAUAUAAGAAAAUUAGAAAACAUUUCAAUUGUAAAAUUUGUUAUAUCCGCUAUAUAUUUGAAUUGAACCUGAGAUAUUUCAAAUGAUAAAAGUUUGUCUAUAUUUUAUGUAUAUGUAUAUCGAAUGUAUGAUAUGAAAAAUCCCCAAUGAAAUAAGUACAAAAAUUUGACAAUUAAAAAAAAAAAAAAAAGAACAAAGUUUCAAAUACGAUAUAUUACAGAAUUAACUUAUUAAAUAUGACGUAAAAUGAUGCACUUGUUAAAUAUAUUCACUGAACCAUUCAUAUUGUUAGAUUAUUGAUCUUUACAUUAUAUUGUUAUUACAAUCUUUGUUCAACUAUAUUAUGAUUGACCAAUCUCAAUAUUUAUGAUGUAUAUAAAAUUUAUUUUGAAAUUUAUUUUAUUUGACAUAUUAAAACUAAACAUGUAAUUAUUAAAUCAAAUUAUUCUCUAUACCA